AUGGCCAAUCACUUCCCCUCCUACGAUCCUCACGACCCACUGAUGCGCAGUUACCAAGUCGCUCUCCACAGGCACGCCACCACGCCGCCCCAACAGCCCACUCCCUCGCAGCCCUCGUCCACAAGCGUCAUCGCCGCACCAGCCACCAGCAUGUCACAGGACUCCAUCCACGGGCGCUUCCUGGCAGCCGCCAUGAAAUGCGACACUAGGGCCAUGCAACAAGAGUUCCACCAUCUGCUGUCGGUUGCAGAGAGCCGAAACCAAGACUGUCUAUUUCUGAAACGGCGGCACGAGCACGAGGUCGAGGCGAAUCACGGCGAAAUGGAUUGGAUGCGAGCAAGGAUUCAGUGCUUGGAAGAGGAGAUGCGCCGCGUUGCCGAAUACAAGAAGAAUGCUGGACGGGCUUGCUACAGCCUGGAUCAGAUUGGAGAUGUGCAAAGUAGGUGA